UUUAUGCUCUAUUUGCUCUAAUUAAUAAUAAACAUCUUUUUUUUUUUUUCUCAACAUGACCUCAUCUCUAACCUUUUCUGCAGCGACAUUAGACGAUUUAGACAUUUUGAUUGACUUGGAAACGCGAUCGUAUGCACCAGAUGAAGCAGCAUCGCCAGAAAACUUGAAAAGAAGGAUUCUAGCAGCACAACAAACAAAUCAUCCUGAAUUACUCUUCAUGGUAGCACGACGACAAGAAAAUCCAGAGGAACAAAAAGAUGUGACAACCUCCUUGACAAUAGUAGGGUUUAUCUGUUGUACGGUAGCAACAUCAGACCUUGUGACAGAAGAAUCCAUGAGCGAUAACCAACCGGAAGGUCAAACUGUGUGCUUGCAUAGCGUCUGUGUCUCACCUGAUACCCGACAUCAAGGAAUUGCGACUGCUCUAUUGACUCGUUGGGUUGGGUUACAUCGCCAAAUCCGCGCCUACAAAAGGUUGGCAUUGCUCAGUCGCCCGCAUUUGGUCGCAUUAUACAGCUCUGUUGGAUUCAAGGAAAUCGGUAUUUCCAAAGUCGUCCAUGGACCAGAGCCAUGGGUAGACUGUGUCUUAGAUCUUUGAUUAUCUCUUUCAAUUAUACCUAAUAGACAGUAGACAUGCACAGAUAAGGAUAGAUAUUGUAAGUAUAAUAUUUCACCAUCAACGUUUUGUAAAUGACAAGAUUUUGAAUUAUUGCAUUUUAUAUCUAUCCUAGUGACAAUAUGUGGUAUUUUUGUAUUUUCUUUUUUUUUUUUUUUAUAUAAAAU